AUGUUGUGUUCCACAGGCAUGUUUCACCAGUGGAGUCUUGCUGUUUUCUUGCUGUGCUCCACAGUUCCUCUCUACGGGAGGCCAAUUGAUGAACUCGGUAACAGAAUACGGAGGUCCGUCAGCCAUGUCCAGUUAAUGCAUGAUAAGGGCGACUCACUUCAAGCGUUCAAGCGUCGCCUUUGGCUCCAGAAGCUAUUGGACGAGGUGCACACGGCUGGUGAGCGAGCCCCAACCCCACACAACAGACCCAACAUUCACACCUUUAUCGGGAGCGUCCUCCACCAGAAGUCCACCGGAGGCACCAAAAACCUCUCUGUGUUCCAUCUGGACCGGGAGGGGGGAAACCUACCCCAGGAGACCAACAAGUCCAUGGCCUAUAAGGACCAGCCGCUAAAGGUGGCCACCAAAAGAAAGAAGGUAAGAUCAGGCCGGCGGAGGGAGAGUGAGAAGAGAAGAAGAAGAACACGUUCGGCCAGAACACGAGACCUAGGAUAGUCUCACGUGACCUUCGGGUUGUUCUGCAUAAGGACACUGACUAAGGUCCAGCGUGACUGACUCCUCGUUCCUUAAGACAAUAUGGCAUUUGGCCUUUUUGUUAUUUUUGCUAUCAUUGCUUUUUUCAUAUUCGGUGCUUUGAUUCAGUGUAAUUUGAUGUAUAUGAGAUCUACAGGCUAAGAUAUUUUUGUACUCCUAUAACAGCAUGUUAUAACAGUAAGUGACUCUUAUAAUAGUGGGAUUUUGUUUCAGACCUGGGUCAAAAUACAAUUUGGAAUGACGUAAAUUAUCUGUGCUUGACUGCCCUUGUCUGGAACAAUGGGAGGAUUAAAAAUGCAGUCCACUGCACACCCCAGUGACGCCCCAGAAUGAAGCAAAUGCACUAGUAUUUGAAAGGAUUCCAAUAAGAAUGUUCACCUAGGUCUAUUUUGUAUUCAUAUUUAUUUGGGAUUGUCUUAAUCCGAAUGAAAAGAAAAAUGUUAUAAAUGCAAUUUAUUUUGCUGAAAGACUUCUAACUAACCAGAUUUCCAUAAUUGA